UUGUUAAUAUUCCGUCAUUUAUUUUUUUUAAAGUUAAUAUUAACACAUGUUGACAGAUGCGUAGCUCGUAUUACAAACCGCAAAAUGGCUCAAACUGCACGUACACAAAACUAAAAGCUUCAGCUCAGACUAAAGCCGGCUCCGCCAUGCCUCAGAAGCUGCAGAAGAACGCUCAGACUGCUCACUACAUCGAGCUGGGAGGCUACCAGUACUGGCCGGUGCUGGUUCCCAGAGGCAUCAGACUGUACACCUACGAACAGAUCCCGGUGUUCCUGCGGGAGAACCCCUACAUCACCGAUGGAUACCGAGCCUACCUGCCCUCCAGGCUGUGCAUCAAAAGCCUCUUCAUCCUGUCCAACGAGACGGUGAAUAUCUGGAGCCAUCUGCUGGGCUUCCUGCUCUUCUUCUUUCUCGGGAUUUACAACAUGGCGUCGGUGCUGCCGGCCGUCGGCGCCUCCAGGGACGACUACGUCAUCUACUCCAUCGGACUCUUCUGCUUCCAGCUGUGCAUGCUCUGCUCGGUGGGUUACCACUUAUUCUGCUGCCAUCGCUCGGAGAAAACCAGCCGCCGCUGGAUGGCGCUGGACUACGCCGGCGUCUCCAUCGGCAUCCUGGGCUGCUACGUCCCCGGAGUCUUCUACACCUUCUACUGUAAUAACUACUGGCGGCAGGUCUACCUGGUGACGGUCCUCGCCAUGAUCCUGGCCGUCUUCUUCGCCCAGAUCCACCCCCAGUACCUCAGCAAACAGUGGAAGCAGCUGCGCUCGCUCAUCUUCUGCUCGGUGGCCGGCUAUGGCCUCAUCCCCACCGUCCACUGGAUCUGCAUCACCGGAGGCUUCUCCUCCGAGCUCGUCCAGGCUUUCAUUCCUCGAGUGCUGGGGAUGUACUUCAUCGCAGCUUUAGCGCUCAUUUUCUACGUCUCCAAAGUCCCCGAACGCUACUUUCCAGGUCAGCUCAACUAUCUGGGCUCCAGCCACCAGCUGUGGCACCUGCUGCUGGUCCUCAUGUUCUACUGGUGGCACCAAACGUCAGGCUUCCUCAUGACCUACAGACACAACGAGCCCUGCCCCGACGGCCCGCACCAGUCCUGAGACCAGAGUCGGCUCAGCUCUCAGUGGAGACGACACGAGUUCAUCCGACGUCACGGAUGAACUCGUUCUUACCUGCGAGUCUCCGACGAGGGAGGAAACCGACGUAGAGGCUGCAGAUCCAACGCCAGAGGUGACGAAAGUCGAAUUCUGAGAUUAAACUGUCGCCUACAAAACCGUGCAGCUUCGACUUUACGGAUAAAACUGUACGAGCGUCAGGGCUGCUGGGUUCUUUAGUCACGUAGCAUCUCUUGUCUUUUUUAUGACGUAUUUCUGUAAGUGCCUGUAAAAAAACAAACACACCAUGUAGCUCCAGCUAGAUUAACUCGUGUACAGUUUGGCUUCUAGAGUUAAACUUUUCAGCUGUGUAACUUAUUUUUAAAGCCAGUGUUUCAUAUCUUCCCUUAAAUCUGCUCUGAAUGUAGCUCAACUUUAAAGUGAUGCUUUUAAGACACUAAAUUGAAAAUUAGGCCUUCGAGCUUCCUUCACUGAAAAGAUGAAAUGUCCUUAAAAAGGGAAUUAACUGAACGUGUUCGGUGAAUGUGAGGAAUCAUUUUUGAUGGACUCGUGAUAAUCAGUUUGUGGCGAAACUGUUCAUCCUGAUGAAAACAAGCAAAAACUGACAUUCAGACAAUAAUGAAACACCAAAGACUGUGGAGGAACACAGUGUUCUACGUUUAGUGUUUGUGUUUUGGAGUGUUUGUUACCGCUGAGCAGCACGAACAACAGACUGUUGGUGAAACGUACCUAGUUUAGCUUCAGGUACUAUAAGAACUUGAUGUGUUCAAAACGGAGUCGGCCAUCGAGAAGUAUUCAUGAGAACGUUUUGGUUCUGCUGAUCGGUUCCAGAUAAACGGCAAAAAGUCAAAAUCAUCUUAAUUUAGCAAAAGCUGCGACUAAAUGCUUUAGAGGUGAGACUGGACUAUCGUUAAGGGAGUAAACCUCAAAAUAUAAAGCAGAAAAGAGAUCACAGUCGCUACAGGUGCUUUAUCAACAUUUGCUUAUUUUAGCCGCUAACAUUUACAGACACUAAGUUGCGUUUAAAAUGUAAAGGGGCUUAAUCUUUCCCCCUGACAGCAAACGCAACGCUGAGAGUUUCAGCAACUCCUCUGCUCUUCAAUGCAGCUGAUUAAAUGAACUUUACUGCCUUUAUAGCAACGCUUUGGUGCAACCUGGACCUGUAAUUGUUUUCGUUCCUUAAACUAUUUGGCGUUUGUUGACCCUGCAGGGUGUCAGACUGUCUGUGUAGCAUUUACUGAUGUUCCCUAAACGCCUCGUGUGUUUUCCCUUUAAAAUUACGUCGAAAACUGUGAAAUAUGACGUUAAAACCAAGCGGUUUUACUGGAAUCGAUGAGCAGAAUCUUUCAAAAACAAGCCCUAGUUUCUACUUUACACUCACAACUGAAUGUUUUUUGUAUUUUUUCUGCUUCGUCUCUUUGUUCAAAAUAACAUUUGCUGUAAAUCAGAGCUGCACAGCUCAGCGUUCGCUGCUUUUCUGGUUUAUGUUUUCUCUGUUUGCUGACAGAAAACACUAAUGUUGGAGUUCUCUAACACUGAUGCUGACAGUUGGCACAAAACCUACUUUACUGCAGGUGAAAAGAGGCAACAAGCAACAUUAAGAACGCUUCUACUGAUUUCUGAUCACAAAUUCAUUGGAACAUUUAUUAUUUUUUGUUCCCAGGCUGUUACUUCCUUCUUUGGUUACCAUUUAUUUAACUUUUUUUUUACAGAGCACCUAUAAAAACAUGAAUCAACUUAUUCUACAUGUGGUUUAUUUUGAGGUACGCAACAGUUAUGUUUGACGUCGGGUCACGUUUUUGUUAAAGAUUCAAGCACUGAUUUAAACAUGUGGCGUCACACUGUGCAGCUCUGAUCGCUUUAAACACGACAUCAGACUCAGUGUUCUGCCUGAGCUGAAAGGAGAAUCUUCUGUCAGUAAACUCAGUAUUUCUAGCUCAUUUAGGGUGAUGUGCAAUGUUCAAGGUUGUUGUCUUUUGUUUUGUUUUAGUAGCUUGUCUGUGGAGGAGAUUCUCAGUCUUACAGGUCAAAGUGACUCUUGAGGGUUUCAGUAUGUGGCAGCUGGACUUCUUUAUGGUUCUUGAAGAUGUUCUACCUUCAUCCAAGAGGCUUCCCAGGUGUUUAUUGUCACCUGCAAGUUGUGAGUCGAGGUGAAACUUCCUGAUACUGGUUUCACUUAGCGCUGGCUUCCUUUACUGUCUAGAAGGUAAAUGCAGAGCUUCCAGAGGAGGUUUCACCAUCAUUCACACCGUUUUUCAUUUGCAUUUCCUCUAAAUAUGCUUCACGUUGCUUCCGAUCCUGUGACCAGUUGGUGUGUUGCUCCAGUCCACUUAGAACUCUGCAGAUGAAACAGGAAGUCGAGAUGAUUUGAUGGACUCUCCAACAGUCUGCAGCUGCCGGUUGUGACGGUAAAACCAGCUCGAGUUGCUGCCUGUUGCUCUAUACGGAGGCAAAACUUUUAAAAACGAAUAGAAAAGAAAAUGCCAAUUAGGCUUUUUUGUAUCGAUGAAUAAACUGAUGUCAGAAAAUGACUCUACGUCACACAAUAAAGUCUGGAAUAGAGUAGGAAAUAAAAAAAACUACCACAAAAAAGAAAAGUAAGUGAGACAAAAAUGUAGAGAAGACUUGUAAUUGUUCUUUUAUCGCAGCUGGUAUCAGCAAGAAAACACGUCUUUUGAAGCUCACAUUAACUGUCUCAGCAAAUGUAAAGAUUAAGUUUGAAUUUUGCUGUUUCCUUUAACUUUUUUUUAGUUAUUAAGCAGUUUUAAUCAAACCCUCAUCCAUCAAAACUCGCGCUGCAGCUUCCAACAGUAGCAGCUGGAAUAAACUGAACAAUGAUCCAUAAACACACCAUUGCUGCAGAUUUGAUCUAAACACCAACUGGUUCUGAAUCUGAGGGACAUCUAGUGAGGAAACGCAAAAGUAGUCCUCAAAGAUAACUCCAUAAACAACCAACAGAACCAAUAAAUAAAACCUGGGACUGAUGGAUGAAGGUGAAACAUGGACAAGAACCAGCGAGCCCUGCUGCCUUCUACUGGAUUUUAAUGUCUUCAUUCCAAAAUGCAGCACAUCCAUGUUAGCGGAAACAUUACAGGUGUUUCCUACGAGUCUUAAACACGAGUUGAGUGUCCAGUUCAGUGGUCUCAUUUUGGAAUGUUGUUUUCUGUGUGCUUAUUUAAUGUUUUAGACUGAGGAGAAUGUUGUUUAAAUUAUUCGCGAUGAACCUGCUCUGUGCUGCCUGUAACGGUUUCUCUAAAGCGUUUCGUGUUUGAUGAGACGCAUCGACUGUUUGUCUAAAAACUCAUUUUGUAGCGGCGGGAAAAUUUUGUAAUUUUUCAUACCUGAGCAAUCGAACAGCGAAAUAAAAAGAACCAUGUACAGUUUGAAA